UUGUUCGGGUCGAUGAGAUCUACAUGCGUACCAACUCUCGUACAUGUGCGUACAUAAUUGCCCGAUCUGUGCACAAAUGUUUGUUUUUUCAUUACAGGGGGCACUACAGAGCCCCCCUGCCACGCCCGGAUUCCAGCCCUUGCCCAAGCCUAGCAUCGUACGACUUGUGUGCCGAAUUUCAAGAGUUUUCGAGCAUGUUAAGGGACCCCAAUUGGCCAAUGUGUGCUAAAAAAAUAAUAAUAAUAAUAAUAAUAAUAAAAAAAUAAUAAACCCGAGCAAAAACAAUAGGGCUUCGCACCAUCGGUGCUCGGGCCCUAAAUAUUUUGUUCAAUUUCCUUUCAUGUUGUUAUACUGAUGGAUAACUGUCACCAUGUGUUGUGACCGUGGCACCCAGUCAUGGUUGGACGCACAUCCAGAUUGUCACUUAUCUUUGCUGUAUUGGCAGUAACAGGAUCGAUACUGCUCAUUAUCAUCACAUCUCUAAAGGAUUUAAAUUAUCAACUAAGAUUACCAAUCUACAAAAUUAAGAGCAGAGUUCACUCAACAGUUAAGCAUCCUACAACCGUGUCCCCGGUGGUGGUACACCAGACAUACUGUGGACAAUUUCUCCAGAAGCUCACAGAAGAAGAGGCCAAAGAACAGAGAGAUUUGCUCAGUUCCCUUGCAUGGCCAGGUCCACUCGUGAAAGGCCUCCCUCUGAAGUUCAGCAGUAAACCUGCCAAGAGCUACUUUGUGAUUCAGGGUCCACCAGAGCAACACAUAGGUGAGCAGCUUGUGGUUAAUGUCCAUGUGCACAACUUCUUGGGCCAACCUAAGAAGCAUGGAGGAGAUUUCCUGAUAGCCAGGCUGCAUUCACCUGAGCUGCGUGCUGGGGUGGCAGGGAAGGUGCAUGACCACAAUGAUGGGAAGUAUACAGUACUGUUCCCACUGCUGUGGGCUGGUGUAGUGAAAGUGCAAAUCACCAUGUUGCAUCCCAGUGAGGCAAUGGUGUUUCUUAAGAGACUACGAGAGGAAGCAUAUGACACAGUGGUUUUUAAAAGCCUAUUCCGCUCUGGUGCCCUCUCAGAGACAACUGACUGCGACAUGUGUCUUCCAAUCAACCAGAAACCACUCUGCAAUUACACUGAUCUUGAAACUGGAGAGCCCUGGUACUGCUACAAACCCAAAAAGCUAGGCUGUGACACACGAAUAAAUCAUUAUGUUGGGGGUUAUAGGACGACCUUCUUUAACAAGUAUGAAGCAGAUUUUUUCAGGAGUGGUGUAAAUGUCAAUGUGCCCAUACCCGCAGCAGAGGUGGACCAUGUGACUGUGUUACCUGCAGAAAAUAAUCAAACCAAAGUAAAAAGUACUUACAAUGCUGCUGGCUACUACUAUCAAGAUAACUGGAGGUCUUUGAGUGGUGCAGCCAUCCAGCAGUUUAAUAACGCAUCAGCCAUAACAAAUUGUCUAAGAGGGAAGAUUGUGUACAUGCAUGGAGAUUCAACAAUACGGCAGUGGUUUGAGUACCUCGCUGCUUUUGUUCCUAAUCUGAAACCAGUUAAUCUUUACAGCCUUCAGAAGGUGGGACCAUUCAUGCUUGUGGACAACAGUAAUAAUAUUUUAGUGAAGUUUCGCUGCCAUGGGCCGCCCGUCCGCUCUACCCCAGUGUACUCAUCUGAACUGCGCUACAUUGCAAAUGAGUUAGAUAGGAUACAGGGUGGGCCAAACACAGUGUUUAUAAUAACUGUGUGGGCUCACUUUGCCACUUACCCUAUUGAAACAUAUAUACGGCGUCUACGGCACAUUCGUAAGGCUGUGGUCCGGCUGCUGAACCGUGAGCCAGAUACGUUGGUGGUGAUCCGCACUGCCAACCUGCAGAAAGUUAGUCCAACAUACAACCUGUUCUAUAGCAACUGGUUAAGUCUGCAGAUUGACACUGUGCUGCGUGCCAUGUUCAAAGGUCUCAAUGUAAAGAUGCUGGAUGCCUGGGAAAUGACGUUGGCCCACCACCUACCCCAUGACCUACACCCACCCCAAGCCAUUAUCAAAAACAUGAUUAAUGUAAUCCUCUCCUUUAUCUGUCCAGUUAGAAAAAUAUAGAAUUGUGAAAAAAAUUAAUGUAUAUAUUCUGCAUUCCACAAAUAUAACAAUAAAACAAUGUAAGGGUAGCACCAAAAAAAAAAAAAUCAAUCAGUUUGCUGUGACUCAAUUUACCAACAUCUUACCUUUUAACUGAUAAGACAGUAAGAUGGUGAAGCCUGUCUUGAAUGGUGAAGCCCCAUUGUGCACGUCAGCUACCUACAACUACAGCUGUACAUACUGCACCAUGCAAGUUAAUACCAUGCUAAUCAUGCCUUCCACCUGCCUGUUAACCUGUCCAGUUGGGAAAACAUAAAAGUGUGUACAGAACCUUUGUAUUUAUUAAAAUGUUAAUAAUAUAAUAUAAACUGUUGAUAACACAUGUUAAUGUAAUAUAAAAUCAAACAUUUGAAGGCUGGUCCUACAUUUAAUAUGAGCAUUCUGUAAGUUCACUGAAGUUUUCAUACAUUUUGCCUAUUCAUUUUGAGCUCACACGUUCUUUCAUUUUUUUCCAGCUUCCUCUGCAAAUUUGAGUUGAAUACAGCACAAUAAAUGUCUGGAUCCAGGCCGGACUUUGGUCA